UCCUUUAAUUAAGUUUCUAGAUUUUAGAGUGCUUUUAUUUGUAAUUUUGAUAACCUAGGGGCGGCAACAAAUGACACUCAAUUUCACGUAUUCUUGUUGAUCGUUGGUUGUCAAGUGCAUCAAUUGUAGUAUUAGUUAACGUGUAAAAUCAGAUUAAUCAUGAUCCGCUUCAUCCUAAUUCAGAACAGGGCUGGAAAAACAAGAUUAGCAAAGUGGUAUAUGAAUUUUGAUGAUGAUGAAAAACAAAAACUAAUAGAAGAAGUUCAUGCAGUGGUGACUGUACGUGAUGCUAAGCACACUAACUUUGUUGAGUUUCGCAACUUCAAGAUUGUAUAUAGAAGAUAUGCUGGUUUAUAUUUUUGCAUAUGUGUUGAUGUCAAUGAUAAUAAUCUAUGUUAUCUAGAAGCAAUACAUAAUUUUGUUGAAGUAUUAAAUGAAUACUUCCAUAAUGUCUGCGAGUUGGACCUAGUAUUUAAUUUUUUUAAGGUGUAUACAGUUGUAGAUGAAAUGUUUCUAGCAGGUGAAAUAAGAGAAACUAGUCAAACAAAAGUACUGAAACAACUUCUGAUGUUAAAUUCAUUAGACUAAAAUUAUUUAAUGUUAUUUAAUUGUAUUAAUUGAUUAUAUUACAAAAAAUGUAAGAAGUAAAGUAUAUU